GAGUUCUUUUUUGUGUGGUACGUUGUCCGACACGUUGUUUGACAAAGUGCUGCUAGAAUUUUUUGCAUUCAAAUAAUAGUGCAAAUCGUUAAAAAUGGUGAAUGUACCGAAACAACGUCGCACUUUCUGCAAAAAGUGCAAGGUCCACAAGCUGCACAAAGUGACGCAGUACAAGAAAUCCAAGGAGCGUAAGGGUGCUCAGGGUCGUAGACGUUACGACAGGAAACAGCAAGGUUUCGGUGGCCAGACUAAGCCCAUCUUCAGGAAGAAGGCCAAGACCACCAAGAAAAUCGUGCUCCGUAUGGAAUGCACUGAGUGCAAAUACCGCAAGCAGACUCCACUGAAGCGUUGCAAGCACUUCGAGUUGGGUGGUGACAAGAAGCGCAAGGGACAGAUGAUCCAGUUCUAAGCCAACUCUAGCUCCAAACUCUCCCAUAAAUGAAGUGUUUUUUAAGUUGUUUUAUUAAUAAAACAAAUUAAAUUUUGUA